UCGCAGUCUUUCUGCUAUAAAUUAACAGUCUGAGGAAUAAAUCUGGGGUCACAAUAUUAAUCAAAAAAUUGUUGAAUAGUCAGAAGAAAAAAAAAUAUGGAGCAUCAUCAUAGCAGUAUCUCCUACCAUCCAGACAUCUGUCUGAUAACAGAGUUCAUUAAUAAUAAAUUCUACUUCGCCACGUUGCUUCCAGGAAAACGAGAGCCUAGACCAGCUCCUGAUAUUUAUUUUUUCAGCAUUGACGAUGAACUCAUAUAUAAUAAUUUUUACAAUGACUUUGGACCUCUGAAUCUCGCCUGUUUGUACAAAUACUGCUGGAAGGUGAAUCACAUAUUCAAUAAUCCUCGCAACUAUCUGAGAAAUAUUGUUCAUUAUACAACUGAUGAUGAAGAAAAAAAAUCAAACGCUGCAUUUCUAGUCGCUUCAUAUGCAAUUCUGCACUUAGAAAUGAGUCCCAAGCACGCUUACAAGCUCCUGAUGAAUGGAAAUAAUCACCAACAGUUCAAAAACUUCCAAGAUGCCUCGAUGGGCAGAUCUCCCUACACUAUUCGUCUCCAAGACUGCCUGAAUGCCCUAUAUACCGCUGCAACCUUCGGUUUCUUCAACUUCGAGGACUUCGACGUCUCUGAGUACGAGAAGUACCAGCAGCUAAAGCACGGAGACCUGAACUGGAUUGUUCCCCAGAAAUUCCUAGCCUUCAUUGGCCCUACUAGUGAAUCCGGAAGUCCCUAUCAUCCCCCUGAGCAUUAUGUCGAUUAUUUCCUGAAGAAUGGAGUGACAACUGUCGUCAGAUUGAACCGAGAGACCUACGAUCCCACCAGAUUCACGAGAUACGGAAUUUCACAUUGCGAAUUAUUUCUACCCGAUGGCAGUGUUCCCUCUAGAAAAAUUCUGCACAAGUUCCUGAAACUCGCGGAGAGUACUGAUGGAGCCAUAGCCAUCCAUUGCAAAGCAGGGUUAGGGCGCACGGGGACCCUAAUAGCCGCCUAUCUGAUAAAACACUACAAGAUGAAUGCACGAGAGGCAAUCGCAUGGACCAGAAUAUGUCGCCCAGGCUCGGUGAUAGGACACCAGCAGUCCUGGCUCGAGAGCAUCCAGAACGAGCUCUGGAUACUCGGCGAGCACUACAAACUGAGGAACUUCGGGAGUUCUAGGGUGUUAAUUCACCAUGACCGAGGAAUUUAUUCUACUCUCAAUAAAUUUCAGAGAGAUGUGGAUCCAAUCUCCCCUGGAAGCUGCAAACUCCCAGAGAAAACUGAACGACAAGCUAAUCCCGAGAGAGGUGUCGAUAGAUGCGUUAAAGAAGUUGAAUCGAAUAAUAUGACCCGAAAUACCGGGGGAAUUCCCGGAACUAGUGGGAGCAACAGAUCCGGCUUGAGUCGCAUUAUCGGAAAAUUGAAGUCACUAGGAGGUCAACCGGCGCCGGCCAAAGAGGACUUGAACAACACGGAUAUGCCGCCGGUAGAAUGGAAGCAAAUGGCGGCGACUACUGGAGUCAAGAGAAAGAAUGAAAAAAACUCGAACUUGACCCAGGGAGAUUUUUUGAAUAAAAUUAAGAUUGGACGGGCAAGUUGAUGGGGCAGGACAUUUGCUGUCUCGGUCGCUCACCGGCCGCGAACCGCCCGGCUCAGGACGAGAUGUAAACAAUAACAAAUGGCGGCCCCAACUGGAGUCUAAACAAAAAGUGGAACAUAAUAAAGUUUGAUUAAAUUGAUGAAAGUGGAAUUCUUUCAAUGAAAUCAAUGUUACAGAGAGACAGAUCAAGGAAAUCGUCUGAGUCCUGGACUCGCACUAAUUUUGUGACGAAAAUAAUUUACUUAUUUUAUUCAUAUGUGAAAUAUACCCAACGCCAAUGGUGAUGAUUAAGAUGUGAAAUGAAACCCAAAUGCAAGUUGAUAUGAAUGACAUCAUUUUAGUUAAAAUCGAGUCUAAUUAGUUGAAUGAAGACUCACUGUUAUUUGUUUACUUUCAUCGGAAAUCGGGAAUGAAGUUGUUCUCUUUUUCGUUCGCCUGUCCGCGUUUCCCGGUCGCCGGUGUCUUCGUUAAUUACGAUCGAACUCAGAUUUUCCGAAAUUAUCUACUUAUCUACCCAGAUUCCCUUGCGACCCACGCC